AUGGCACGUCUAAAGCAGCCGCCAAGGGUAAGCGCAGCGGCUGAAUCAUCUCCACAGCCCAGCUCUUCCCAUGCUUCCGACUUCUUUCAUCCUGCGGCAGAUGAUCAAGCAGCCAUCGAACAGCUCCACACAGAAUCUCUCGCGACAGACGCACCUCCACUACCUCCUCCACCCGCCGUAUUCAUUGGCGUAGAGCUCCUCAAUGCUGCACGAAUAGAUCACCGACGUAAUAGCCCUGUGAUUGGCAUAGCGCGUAAGAAUCGCGCCGGUAAGCUCAAGCGGGCGAGCUUGAUCCCCGAGAGCGCUAGGACGAACCUCGCUGUACGAGGUGAUGUAUAUGAGAUAGAGCUUAGCCCGGAAAAGGGGAACUACGCGCUGCCUGAGAGGGUGAACAAAAAGCCGCUCAAGAUUGUAAAGAAGAAGCCACACGUACUCGCGAAGCUUAGUGUUGCACCAGAUGUUCCGUCUAAGCUGCCAGUGCGCGAUCAGGACAGGCCGCAAGUUGACCCAGAAGGGCCGGCAGAGGAUCUGGCUUCUACCCAUCCAGACAUGCGCUCUUCUCCACCCCAAGUUGCCCCCGUUGGAAGCGACAGCAUUGCCAUUGAUACCGUAACAGAGGAGAUCCUUUCGAGUAAAGCAAAUUCCCAUGCUAAUGCACCUGGGGAUGUAAGAAUCGAGGAGAGCCUUGACAGUGGGAAACCCAGAUGCACAGCAGUCUUCUACAAGUACGAUAAAAUUACUGGACCAGCUUAUAGGCAAUGCUUACGUCCGGGCACCGGACAGACCGACGAUGGUUUCAGAUGCGGAAUUCACCUUGGUAAACCCCCUGUUGUUCGUUGUGGAGAGAUGGCCAUUUCCGACAACGUUACCACGCAGUGCUACAGGGCUGCUGCCAAGGUAACCGCCAACGGCCCACGAUGCCCGACUUGUAUCGAACAACAAGGUUAUGAAACAACGCCACGUGAUAAGCGAAAGUCAGCACCGAUUCAUCAAGAGGACCAACCUAUGAAGAUUCAGAGGAGAAAAAGUGAACCUGCGGGUAAGCCUACAUCCUCAGAAAAGACCAAGAACCAAGUGCGGGAUUUGCAAGAAGAGAGCUCAAAUCCAGCACCAGCUAGGAAACGGGGGAGACCGCAAAAAGACGGUAGCAUUGCCUCUACCGAACUAAACCACCAGCUCCCGACAAGAACACGCAAGAGCGGAUCCCGACCAACGAUAUCGCAGGAAGUUUCAGUAGUGCCUGGAGACCUGCCUAGUGAUGGAGACCCAGAGUAUGCUCCAGACGACGAGGAGAGUGAGCAUAACGUUGAGCAGGAUGAGGAAACUGGACGCGUGGGCCAACUACCUGAGAGCAUUGAUACAGUGUUUAGUUUCCUCGACCUUGAAGAGCGUGAAGGGACAUGCCAGACUAAGCGCGCCAGAAAGAUCUUACACGUGUGUGAAAGGUAUUGUGCAAAUUUCCAGGAUGACACUCACUCAAUCGACGCUGUUACGCAAAAUGCCAUGAAGAUACAAGAGGCACUACAACAGACGCCUAAAGAUUACAGUACUGAAAUCGGAAAAAAACAUCAACUUGUAUUCAAGAGUGAUGCAUACAGCUUCAUCUUUCGCGCUCUUACGCUAUAUCUUCGAGAUUUGCACGAUUGGCUAGUCAAAACAUAUGAGUCUGCAACAGAGUCUUUGGAAAGCUUGCGUGUAAUAGCCCCAUUGAUGCAGGAGAUUUUAGCAUUCAAUGAUGCAAUCAGGCAAUGGCACGUCACUGUACCUCAGCGUCAAAAGGGUGAUAGAGUAGUCAAGGAUGUCCAAAGCCGACUUAUUACGCCUCUGCGGCGGGUCAGUCAAUCACUCAGUGUUCGUCUAAGCCAACUACAGGAGGGAGAGGAACGUUGUAAGCAAUAUGAGAAAAUGGAAAGAAGGAUGAAAGAACGCCGCGAUGCACAGAGUGAACAAAUUCGAGCUAUCGAGGCAAUGGAGGAACGGAAGAAGCGCUGGCAAGACCUUCAUAUCGUGCGAAUGCAAUGCGAACCCGAUGUAUACAGGCGGCGGAAGCUGUUCCACACCAGAUUUGAAGAUCUGGUGGAGAGAGAUGCGAACGGUGUCAUUUUCGAACGAUUGCCGAUUUUCAAACCCCGUUCUACUCCACCGCAUAGCCAGGUUUCGGAGCUUGCGGAUGAAGUGGAGUGGACCGAAGACGAAGAGACUGCUGUGCUCGAGGGCUUGCAGUAUUGUGCGGGCCCGCGCGUCUUUGAGAAGAUAUUCAAGACGUAUUGUGACCCCAGGUCUUCGCAUCCGCGCGGGGGCGACCUGCGUAACCGCAGUGUUGCAGAGAUUAUCUCAAAGGCCAGAUGGAUUCGGUCGACGAUGUUGACCUUGCGUCAAGAAAGUGGCGAGCCGGUGGAGGAAUGGGUAACUGGGAUUCCGGUUUUACCGUAG